UAUCCACCCAACUCUUUUCAACUCAAAACUCUGUAAACAUGGUCAUUGAGCAGCAGCUUCCCUCUUCAAUUGUCAUUUCUCUCAUGACCCACAUGGAUUUUUUCUCUAAUCCCAUCUUCUUUACUGCUCUGGCUCUUAUCGCAUCCCUUCUAGCUCUCCAUAUCCUAACUCGGAAACUGAACAAAGAUCAGAGAAAGAAGAAAUACCACCCCAUUGCCGGCACCUCAUUUCACCAGCUCCUCAACUUCAACAGAUUGCACCACUAUAUGACUGAUCUUGCCGGCAAGCACCGGACCUACAGGCUCCUCACUCCCUCUAGGAACGAGAUUUACACCGCCGACCCGGCAAAUGUCGAGUAUAUACUCAAAACUAACUUUCAGAAUUAUGGCAAGGGAUGGUAUAACUAUAUCAUUCUGAAGGACCUUCUAGGCGAUGGCAUUUUCACAGUUGAUGGUGACAAGUGGCGCCAGCAGAGAAAGAUAUCAAGCCAUGAGUUCUCCACAAAGGUUUUAAGGGACUUUAGCAGUUUGAUUUUCAGAAAGAAUGCAGCAAAACUUGCUAAUAUGGUGUCUGAAGCAGCAACUUCAAACCAGAUAAUAGAUAUCCAAGAUCUGUUGAUGAAAUCAACCCUGGAUUCACUGUUCCAAGUUGCAUUUGGAACCGAAUUGGACAGCAUGUGUGGAUCAAAUGAAGAAGGCAAGAGUUUCGGAAAUGCUUUCGAUGACUCUAGCGCGAUGAUCCUUUGGCGUUAUGUUGAUAUAUUCUGGAGAAUCAAGAAGUUUCUGAACAUUGGAUCAGAAGCUGCCUUAAACAGAAGUACCAAAAUUGUUAAUGAUUUCGUGUUUAAGCUAAUACACAGCAAGAUGGAGCAAAUGAAGAACUCAAAGGAUGAAUCUUCAAUGAAAAGAGAAGACAUUCUAUCAAGGUUUCUGCAAGUGACUGAGAAUGACCCAACAUACUUAAGGGAUAUAAUUCUUAACUUCAUAAUAGCUGGGAAAGAUACAACAGCAACCACACUGUCUUGGUUUAUUCACAUGCUCUGCAAGCAUCCUGCUGUGCAAGAAAAAAUAGCAAAAGAAGUGAAGGAAGCCACCAAAAAGAAAGAGUUCACAAACUAUGCUGAGUUUGCAGCCAGUAUGAGUGAAGAAGCUUUAGAAAAGAUGCAUUAUCUCCAUGCCGCGAUCACUGAAACUCUCAGACUCUAUCCUGCAGUUCCAGUGGAUGCAAAGAUUUGCUUUUCUGAUGAUACUCUGCCAGAUGGAUACAGUGUGAACAAAGGAGAUAUGGUAUCUUAUCAACCUUAUGCAAUGGGCAGGAUGAAGUUCAUAUGGGGUGAUGAUGCAGAGGUAUUCAGACCAGAGAGAUGGCUAGACAAGGAUGGAAUUUUCCAGCCAGAGAGCCCUUUCAAGUUUACAGCCUUCCAGGCCGGCCCGCGAAUUUGUCUGGGAAAGGAGUUUGCCUAUAGGGAGAUGAAGAUCUUCUCAGCUGUUAUGGUAGGCUGUUUUCAGUUCAAAAUGAGUGACGAGAACAAAAUUGUCAAUUACAGGACAAUGAUCAAUCUUCACAUAGAUGGAGGUCUUGAAGUUCGUGCCUUCCACAGAAAUGGAAAUUAGCAUGAAAGUGAAAACUAUAAAGGGUAUUUGAGAAUUACAUGUUUGUACAGGUUCUUUAUAUUACUAAAUAGGAAGGUGAUUUCUCUUCAUGCUUUGAAUCUUUGGCUUGUAAUCCGGGGUAGAUUGAAAAUAAGUAACCUGCCUACGACAUCACCCCACAGAUUUGUUGUAUCCUCUGCAGAUUUGAUGACAAGUCUCACAACAAAUUUGGCUUUUAAUUAUUAUGUAGCAAUGCU